AUGGGGAAGGCCACGAUGGGGCCGCGCAGCCCGUCGCCGCGGCGGCCGGGCACCGCGGCGUCCGCGUUCCCGGCGAGCGAGCGCGGCACACAGCCCUCCACGCAUGGCAGCUCCAGGGUCGAGGAGCCCGGCGCGGGGCCGGCGUCGCCGUCGUCGCCGCAGCGGCGACCGACGACAGCGCAGAGCAAGCUCGAGCGCACCAAGAGCAAGUCCGGGGCCGUCCCGCGGGGCUCAGCGUCGUUCAAGACGACGGGGCGCGGGGAGCUGUUCCCCACGCGCGCAGCGGGCGCGCACGUGGGCCCGUAUGACGCACCGGUGCCGACCCUGCACCGCACCGACAAGGGGGCCGUGAAGAUGGACCACCAAACCACGCGGGCGUACGCGGAGACGCAGGCGGACCCCGGCGAGCGCUUCAGGACGCCCCGCCCGGGGUCGUAUUUCGACUCGGAGCUGUGGGACUACCGGGGGCGCGACCGGGAGGGCGGACACUCCCCCAGGGCAAUGCACCACCAGAUCCGCGCGCCGCCGACGCAGCCGCAGGAGCCGAGCGCGCCGGAGCGCCCGCGGACGGCUGGAGGGCUGCGGGACUAUAUUCAGACGUACCGGCCGACCACGGUGGGCGGCGCCGGCAUCGCGGCGGGCCGCCCGGUGUCGCGCGGCACCUUGUCAAAGACUGUGCCGUUCCUGUCCAAGACGGCCCCGUUCAUGGGGAGCGGAGGGAUGCGCGACCCGAACGAUGUGGUGUCCAAAGCGCGCGAGUGGGGCGCCGAGCGCCCGUGGACGACGGGCGGCCACGGCGGCGCCUGCGGCCGGUCGGGCUUCACGGGGCCGCGCCGGCAGACGCACCUCGGCGUGCGCGGCGAGACGCGGCUGCUCGGCGUACCGGAGCCAGCCGUACUCGUCGUCGGGCGCGAGCUGGAGACGACGGUGGUGCUGUCCGAGCGCGGCGUCAUUGCGCAGCCGCACGUCACUGGGGAGCUGUCGCACCACCCGUCGCGCAACCCGCUCGACGUGGCUCCGGGACACAUGCACCUCAGGACCGCGGGCGAUGCGCAGCCGUGGUGGGGCAGCGCGGAUCAGCCGGAGACGGUGGUCGGGACGCCGCGGCGGACGCCGCAGGGUGACUACGUCACAGUGUGGCAGGCGGUGGACGAGGACGGGACGGCGUGGCACGACGCGCCCGCGAGCCAGGAGCCGACCUGGAUGGCGGACGGCGCGCAGAUCACGGCGACCGUUCGGAUGGAGGACAGGGAGCGGCCCACGUCGGCGCUGUCAGGAUACAACAUCACCAGUCCCCUACAGAACUCGCGGCCGACCUCGCCGUACGCGAAGCGGCCGCAGUCGUCGCGUCCGCGCGGGACCGCGCGAACACCGGCCAUGCGCAUGCGGGAAAUGUCCGUCCCUGAGGACGGAACAACAGAUUGA